GACCUUCCUUCACUAAUUAGCUUCCUCUUUUUAGUUAUUGUUGCUUCAUCUAGUUUUGGCAUUGGAUAUGGCCAAAAUGGCACUUUCAAUGUACUUGAUUUUGGUGCUUUAGGAGAUGGCGUUGAGGAUGAUUCCCAAGCUUUCUUGAAGGCAUGGCAAACAACAUGUGGAACUCCCGGGGACACACAAACCCUAAGCAUCCCACCGGAGAAAACCUACUUACUUAAACCUCUCAAAUUCGAGGGUCCUUGCCAGUCCAGCCAUGUUCAGAUUCAGAUCGAUGGGAGUAUUGUGGCCCCUUCCAGUGUUGAUGAAUGGAUAGGGUCAGGGUGCAAAUCUGGAUGCUGGUUAUGCUUCUCAAACGUGGAGGGUCUCAUCAUCCAAGGAACUGGAAAAAUAGAUGGCAAUGGUGCAAUUUGUGGAUUUGAAGGAACUUCAGCAACAGAAGCAGCGAUAAAAUUGGAUUGCUCUAAUAGCUUGGGUUGCACCAAUAUCGUAAUGGACCAUGUGGAGUUAACCUCUGGUUUGCACAAGCCACUCCGAGCUUUAUGCAACAAUGCCAAUGGAAAAUCAACCUUUACCGCACCUGAUGCUUUCUUGAAGGCAUGGCAAAGAGUUUGUGGAACUGAGGGUGCCAAACAAGUCCUAAAAAUCCCACAUGGGAGGACAUACAACCUGAAACCUCUGAAAUUUAAGGGUCCUUGCAGGGCAGGAAGGGUUAAAAUUGAGGUUUUAGGGGAUAUUGUGGCACCCUCUAAUCUUAGUGAAUGGAAUGGUGCAAAUACGGAUGCUGGCUAUGCUUCUCAAAUGUGA